UCAAAUUAAUAUUCUUCUUAUCUACUUCAUUUGGGUGUUACUACAUUUUCAGUUGUUACUUUAUCAACUUUUUUUCUCUUUCUCUUCUACGUAUGCUUCUGGUGUAGUAUAAGUAUAACCUUGGAUACUGCUAUUUGGUUUUUGGGUAUUUGUUAAAAACACAAUCUUUUUAUUUUCCUUUCAUUUUCUUUUUUUGGCUAUUCUCUAUUUAGCAACAAUUGUUGAAUUUUCAGUGGUAGUGGAGUUAGUUAAUUUUUGGAGUUUCUUUGAAGGGAGAUUAUAUGUGAUUACUAUUGCAGGAAGUGUGUGUGGGUCAGGGGCUUUAAACAACAAGUUAUUAAUUUGUUUGCUUUUAUAUCACCUAGCUAUUAAAACAUGCAGACACAAAAAGCAAGAACUAGUACUUCAGGAGUUCCCCGGAAGAAAUCGCCUUCAACUCCUCGCAAAAUGAAGACACCAGGAUCUAAUUCUAACUCGGCACCAUCAUCUCCAAAUCCAGCAAGUAAAACUCCAAAAGAUAGGAGCCCAAAAGUCAAGUUGACACAAAGUCCAGUAUCUGAGAAGAACCAAACAAGUAGGGUCCACGAAUUGGAAUCUAAGCUUGCUCAACUUGAAGAAGAUCUCAAGAAAUCUAAGGAACAACUUAACUUAUCUGAGUCAUUGAAGAUAAAAGUUCAUCAGGAAGCUGAAGAGGCAAAGAACCAGCUUUUAUCCAUGUCAAGAGAGUUGGAGGAAUCACAGCAACAGCUUCUGGAACUAUCUACUUCUGAAGACGAACGGCUUCAAGAACUGCGUAAAAUUUCUCAGGACCGUGAUCGAGAAUGGCAGUCUGAACUAGAGGCUGUCCAAAAGCAGCACUCAAUGGACUCAUCUGCUUUAGCAUCUGCCAUGAAUGAAAUUCAGAAACUGAAAAUGCUGCUCGAAAGAGCGCGAGAAUCGGAAGCUACUCGGAUUGAUGAUGCUGAUUCGGCUGAGGCUGAGAUACAAGAGUUGAGGAUGGAGCUUGAUGAAAAAUUCUCUUUAAUUGAAAAGCUGAAGAAUGAGGUGAGUCAUUGCAGAGAAUCAGAAUCCAAUGCUUUGGAAAUAGUUGGCAAAUGUCAAAUGCAACUAGAAGCUGCAAAUAAGACAGUGGAAUCGCUUCGGUCAGAAGGCGCGAAUGCAUCAGAAGCUUAUCAGUCCUUAGCCUUAGAAUUGGAACAGUCAAAGGCUCAAGUAAAAUCAUUGGAGGAACUUGUAAGAAAAGUUGAGGCUAAUUUAGUCAGUGUAGAUAACAAGAAUGCACUGGAAGUUGUCGAAAGCGAUGAGAUAAGCCGGCUCAAAGCCGAGCUUGUCUUAGUUAAAGCUGAAGCAGUGCAGUUAAAAUCUGCAUUGGAUGUCGCAGAGGUAAGAUAUCAGGAUGAGUAUAUCCAAAGCACAUUGGAGAUUAGAAAUGCUUUUGAACAGUUGGAGCACAUAAAAUCAGAAUCUAGUAAAAAACAGAAUGAACUAUAUGAAGAAUUGAAGAAAGCUAAAGCUGAUAUUGAAGAGUUAAGGAAGUGUUUGAUGGAAAAAGAAUCUCAUUCAGACAGCGAUAUAGCUGAGUUGACAGGAAGAUUAUUGGAGAAAGAGAUAAAGCUACAAAGUAUAACUGAAGAGAACAAUGCACUUAAGAUGGAAAUAAAGAGAGAGGAGUUAGAGAAGAAUAAAAUCACAAAUGAGGCUGUUGCUUCCGCCGAGGCAGCGAGGGCCGUGGAGACGAAACUUUUCUGCAUAACAGAAGAAGCUGAUAAAAGUAACAGAAAGAUAGCAAGGGUGACUGAGGAGUUAGACGCUGCGCACGCCGCGAACUCGGAGUUAGAGGCUGAAUUAAGGAGGUUGAAAGUGCAGUCAGAUCAAUGGAGGAAAGCAGCGGAAGCGGCCGCAGCUAUGCUUUCUUCUGGAAAAAUUGUGGAGAGAAAUGGUGAAGUUGACAAUGGAUACAAUUCUAUUAUUAAUGGUAAGAUGAGUUCACCUUAUUUAGAGGACAUUGAUGAUGAUUCACCUAAGAAGAAAAAUACAACUAUGUUGAAGAAGAUUGGAGUGUUGUGGAAGAAGAAUCAUCAGUAGAUAGAUAUAUGCAAUGCAAGGUUGCUUGUGUAUCUAUGUAUAAUAUGCUUUCAUUACAUAAUGGUUAGUUACCUUGUUGAGUAAAUGUGUUAACCCAUGUUUCAUUGUACUUGUUUGUUUUCUAAGAUACAUUGUUUUGAUCAUAUUUUGUUAUUUGAGACCAAGUAUUUUUAGUAUGUUUCCAUUUGGUGGGAAGCUUGCAAUAAUGUAUUUACUCUAGUCUUAAAUAUAAGCAAAAGUAGAUCAAUAAAAGUUGAUGUUUUUUGGUACAAAAUUUGUGUCAUGUACAUCAAGUUUCACUAAACACUCUUUUGGUUAUAUUUGAGACCAAAAAAGAAUGUAUCGACGACAAUUCAUGUAUUA